GCUGUGUGGAGCUGCGGGAGCUAUCAGCGUUCUCCUCACUCCCGUGGAACCUGUGGAAAUGCAGCGCUUGCUCACGCCCGCCAGGCGGGUCCUACAGAUGAAGAAAGCCAUGCAGGAUGCUCCCCUCGCUGCGGCCCGCCUGCUCCCUGCAGCUCACCAGCCGUUCUCCACUGUGGCUGCUGCCCCUGUAGCCAAAACAGAUGCGUGGCCGAAAGACGUGGGCAUCCUGGCCAUGGAAGUCUACUUCCCGGCCCAGUACGUGGACCAGACGGACCUGGAGAAGUUCAACAAAGUGGAAGCCGGGAAGUACACGGUGGGGCUGGGCCAGACCCGCAUGGGCUUCUGUUCGGUGCAGGAAGAUAUCAACUCACUGUGCCUGACGGUGGUGCAGCGGCUGAUGGAGCGCACGCAGCUGCCCUGGGACGCCGUGGGCCGCCUGGAGGUGGGCACCGAGACCAUCAUCGACAAGUCCAAGGCCGUCAAGACGGUGCUCAUGGAGCUCUUCCAGGACUCGGGCAACACUGACAUCGAGGGCAUCGACACCACCAACGCCUGCUACGGGGGCACCGCCUCCCUCUUCAACGCUGCCAACUGGAUGGAGUCCAGCUACUGGGAUGGGCGCUACGCACUGGUGGUGUGCGGAGACAUCGCGGUCUACCCCAGCGGCAACGCGCGGCCCACGGGUGGGGCAGGGGCGGUGGCCAUGCUGAUCGGGCCCCAGGCGCCUCUGGCCUUGGAGAGAGGGCUGAGGGGAACCCACAUGGAGAACGCAUAUGACUUCUACAAGCCGAAUUUGAACUCGGAGUACCCGCUGGUGGACGGGAAGCUGUCCAUCCAGUGCUACCUGCGGGCCCUGGACAGAUGCUAUGCGUCCUACCGCAAAAAAAUCCAGAGUCAGUGGAAACAAGCGGGCAUCGAGCGACCUUUUACCCUGGACGACAUUCAGUACAUGAUCUUUCACACCCCUUUCUGCAAGAUGGUGCAGAAGUCGCUGGGCCGACUGAUGUUCAGUGACUUCCUGUCAUCCAGCAAGGACACGCAGGCCAGCCUGUACAAGGGGCUGGAGGCCUUCAGGGAGCUAAAGCUGGAAGAGACCUAUACCAACAAAGAAGUGGAUAAAGCGCUUCUGAAGGCGUCCCUGGACAUGUUCAACAAGAAAACCAAGGCCUCCCUCUACCUCUCCACUCACAAUGGAAACAUGUACACCUCCUCCCUGUAUGGGUGCCUGGCUUCGCUCCUGUCCCACCACUCUGCCCAGGAGCUGGCGGGCUCCAGGAUCGGCGCCUUCUCCUACGGCUCUGGUCUGGCAGCAAGUCUGUUUUCAUUUCGAGUGUCUCAGGAUGCUUCUCCAGGGUCCCCGCUGGACAAGCUGAUGUCCAGUGUUGCAGAUCUGCCCAAACGCCUGGACGCCCGGAAGCGCAUGUCUCCGGAGGAAUUCACAGAAAUCAUGAACCAGAGGGAGCAAUUCUAUCACAAGGUGAACUUCUCACCCCCUGGUGAUGUCAGCAGCCUCUUCCCAGGCACGUGGUACCUGGAGCGGGUGGAUGAGAUGCACCGUCGGAAGUACGCCCGGCGACCUAUGUGAAGCUGAUGCUGGCGCAGGUCCUGGGGGAAGUAGGAUAGCUGAGCUCUGUCCACAGUCCACGUGCUGAAAAUCCCACCCUUACCUGGUAACUGCACCAAUCACACCUGCAGUGGCCCAGGCUCCGUCACAAUAGCUGUGGGUUGGGGACUCCCUUGCAAGGGAACAGAGACACAAGGCCUGCACAGACGCAGAUAAGCGGUCUCCCUCGAGCUCCAGCUAUACCUGAUGAUUUGUUACUGCUUGUUAUUUUUAUUAAACUUCAUGCCGUUCUUUUUUUGCUGA